UACGCAGGUUUUUGAGAUUCGUUUUCCGUUUGAUCUGAGCCAAAAGCAUUACACCAAGAUGUCUGGAUCCUUGAAUAUGACUCUUGAUGAUAUGGUCAAGAGGAGGAGGAAUGAAAGGUCCGGGGGACGAGGGAGGUCCCGCCGUGGCCGUGGAGCAAAUGGAUUUUCCCGUGGUGGAAGGGGAUUUGGGCCUGCCCGUAGAGGUCCUCUUGCUGUUAAUGCUCGUCCAUCAUCCUUCUCGAUAACCAAGCCUGUACGCAGGGUUAGGAACUUGCCAUGGCAGAACGAUUUGUUUGAAGAAAGCCUGAGAGCUGCAGGCGUAUCAGGAGUUGAAGUCGGUAUCAGGCUCUACAUCACCAACUUGGAUCAGGGGGUGACAAAUGAAGAUAUAAGGGAGCUCUUUGCUGAGAUGGGAGAAUUGAAAAGAUAUGCAAUUCAUUAUGACAAAUUCGGGCAACCGAGUGGCUCGGCAGAAGUGGUGUAUAUGAGAAGGAGCGAUGCUUUCCAAGCACUUAAGAAAUACAACAACGUGCUAUUGGAUGGGAAGCCUAUGAAGAUCGAGAUUGAGGGUUCCAACAUGGAAGCCCCAGUCUCAGCACGUGUGAAUGUUACCGGUCUGAAUGGAAGGAUGAAGAGGACUGUCAUCAUGGGGCAAGGAACAGUAGGGAGAGGUAGAGGAGGAAGGGGGAGAGGGAGAAUGACAUUACCGGGAAAGCGCCCUCUUCCGAUCCAAAGCCAUAGCCAAAGGGGAGGCCCGAGAGGUGGAGCCAUUGGUGGCAGAGGAAGGGGUCGGGGUCGAGGUGGAGGAAGGGGAAGAGGCAGAGGAAGUGGGAAGAAGGGUAUGGAGAAGUCAGCUGAUGAGUUAGACAAGGAUCUCGACAACUAUCACGCAGAAGCCAUGAACAUCUCUUAACACUUGUGGUAGAUCCUUCUUAGAUGACCUAGUACUCUCCUCCACAAUAUGCUUUUAGAUUCUCCUUUGUGUUGCUUUUGUCUGGUUUUUGUCCUCUUCCAUAUUUGCUCUUGUGUGUGUAUAUUGAUGAAGAAGAAGAAGCGAAGCUUGGAUGUUUUUAA